UCAUCAUGCAUGAAGUUGAUGCAUACAAGGACAGAUUUUAAGUGACACCACGAUUUGACACUACUUUGAGAAAUAACAGUUAAUUUAAGUCUUAAAACGCGCAGAUAGAUGAAUCACGGCGUUAAAAUUAAAUAUGUCACUAUCAACAGAAUGUGCCGCAGCAUUACUAUCUUUUAGAUACCCUAGUUUACAUAUAAUGAGCUAAAAUGAUGCAUCACGACACGCGAUUCACGGCUUGCCUUGCGGGUGUCAAUUUUAAAGUGAUGCGUGAGACUUCGCCAUAUUUCUGUUCUAAUCCAGAGGAACAUCGAAUCUUCAGGUUUAAAAUGCUUCACAAGUUGUAGUUUAACGCGUGUAUCGCUCGUGCUUUAGACCGGUGAUAAAUAAGCUUUGAUUUCCUCGACGCCGUUGAACCUAGACUCUCUGAAUAUAAAUUAUUUCGCUGUACUAACAGGCAAGUGAUGCACUGACGGGAAAGGUUUACAAGGCCAAUGCAGUUUGAUUUAUUUUACUCCGAAGAAAGCCUAUGCAACUUACCAAGUGAGCCGUGUGGUUAACUAGUAUCAGGUUCAAAAUAUGUGUCGCAAAUUAAAACAUUGUCUAGUAAUAUUGGGCUGGAAAACAUUAGCUUUGACGAGAAGGGAACUUCGUCUUCUUGCUGUAAUAAUGUGCACAGUGGCUUUAAUAGCUAUAUUGGUAGAUGGUGUGUUCGUGAAGUCGGACCACUCCACUGCACCUCCUACUUUUCCCAGCGGCUAUAUUCCUCGCCACGAUUGUACAUCUUGGAAAACAACUCCGCAGCACAAAACUACUUUGAUUACCAAGACUGCUUGUGAACGAGAUUAUUUCCUUCUUAUCCUGGUCUCGACUGCACCGGCAAAUUUGGAAAGGAGAAAUUUAAUUCGUGAAACUUGGGGUACUGAUAUCCAUCUGACUGCACCUGAGUGGAAGACAUACUUUCUCCUUGGUCAAACAAGGAAUCAAACACAAUCAGAUCUUCUUCAAACAGAAAAUAGCAUCUAUGGUGACAUGAUUCGUGCGGAUUAUUAUGAACAUUACUGGAACCAGAGUUUGAAGAUACAGAUGGCCUUCGAAUGGGCAGCCAGAUAUUGUGGUUUUUCUUACCUUCUCAAAGCAGACGACGAUGUGCUGGUUAACAACAAAGAUUUGAUUAAAUUCUUGCAAAGACGAACAACACCAAACAAAGGGCUUUUUAUGGGCAUGCUGCACCACAAUCCUAUAGUACGUCGAGAAGGGAAAUGGAAUGUCAGUUAUGAAGAGUACAAUCACACACACUAUCCAGAUUUCUGUAGUGGUGCAGGCUUUGUUAUGUCAUAUGAUGUUAUCGGGUGUCUGGUUGCUUUAUUUGAUGUGAUUAAGCCGUAUAGAAUGGACGAUGUUUAUGUGGGAAUGCUUGCAAACGAGUCCGGUGUGAUAGCGGUGGAUCAUAGCGGAUUCUAUAUGCCAAUUGAUGACUACGAUGAUUGUAUUUUUGUGCCAAACACUCUUGUUCAGCAUCGAGCUACUGAACAAUGUUUAAUCAAACUGUUACGUAUGCACGGUAAAGAUUUUCCUUAUGGCACAAACCUAGGAUCGUUCUUUUGAUGAUUUAUUUUGAGUUAUUCGUUUUUUUAGAUUAUUGAAAACAAAUUCAAUUCUUCUUGUCAGGAGGAAAUACGGUUCGUAAAUGUAUAAAAUUGCUACUGGACAAAUGUGAUGA